AUGAGUGAAUCAAAGCCGAAAUAUGUCAUUGCUUAUUGGGAGCAUCGUGAACUUAUCGAGCCAUUUCGUUUAUUACUGAAAUAUCGUGGUGAACCAUUCGAAGAUCGAGUGUAUGUACAAGGUGAUCCACCAGAAUGCUCACGCAGAGAGUUUGUCGAUGUACGUGAUCAGCUGGGCCUUGCUUUUCCUGGAUUACCAUAUUUGUUUGAUGGUGAUAAUAUCAAGAUGACACAGAGUAAAGCUAUGAUCUGCCAUCUAGGCUUUAAAUUUGGCAUGAUGGGAUCAAACAUGAUUGAUACGUCGUUCGUACUUAUGCUAAUCGAUCAAGCCAAGGAUCUGCGUUCUGAAUUAUCACGCAUAUGUUACUAUCCUACUCAAGGUGAUUUCGAAGGUGAAAAGCGUACUUUCAUCAAGGUCUAUCUGCCAGGACAACUACAUCAAUGGGAAUGCUUUCUUGCCGAACGCAUUCACAAUAAUCGAUGGCUUGUAGCUGGUAAUGAGCCAACAGUGGCCGAUUUUGUUCUAUUUGAAUAUGUUGAUCAAUGUCUAGUAUUAGCGCCCAGUGCACUGAGCGAUUUUCCUCUAUUAAUGUCCUAUAUGCAACAAUUUCGACAGAUUCCCGCGUUAGCUAUUUAUUUAAAAGAAGAACAUCAUCGACGGCCCAUCAACGGAAAAAUGGCACGAUUUGGAAAUACCGUAGUUGAAUAUCGUUCUAAGACCAAUUGUUAG